AUGGAAUUAGGACGUUUGAUGCCUUUGCUGCUGUUAAUCAGCGCCACCCAAGCCGGUUUGCUGGACAUCUUCGAUUUCGGAGGCAAAAAAGAAGAAUACACCCUUCGCGAGAACAAACUCUACGACAAGAGCGGAGGUUGGUGGGAUUUGCACGAUAAAAAGUACUACAAUAGUAAAGGUAGAUACCUAAAGUACAAACAAUGGGACGCUGAUAUUUUGGACCAUUUGAAAACGCCCGACGAAUGGCAAGUGUUGAAACCUACGGAGGUUAAUCCGACUCAGAAUAGAUUGUACGAUCGAGAAGGCGGUUGGUGGGAUUUAACCACUAAAAAAUACUACAACAGACUAGGCAUAUGGGACAGUACUAGAAUAUGGGAUCCGAGGAUUUUACAAGGACAAAACGAUCCGACUCGGAAUAGAUUGUACGAUCAAAGCGGCGGUUGGUGGGAUUUGACAACGCACCAAUACUACAACCAUUUAGGACAAUUGGUGGUGUCGAAAGUUUGGGAUCCGAAGAUUUUAGAAGUGCUAAACCGUCCGACGCAAAAUAGGAUCUACGAUCAAAGUGGCGGUUGGUGGGAUUUGACCACGAAGCACUACUACAAUAAACUGGGACAACUGGUAAUCAACAAAAUAUGGGAUCCCAGAAUUUUGGAUCAACUCAAUGGGGCAAAUGGAAACAGGAUCUACGAUCAAGAUGGCGGUUGGUGGGAUCUUACUACCAAACUUUAUUACAAUAGUCGAGGACAAUUGAUAAUUUCGAAAGUAUGGGAUCCUAGGAUUUUGGAUCAACUCAAUGGGUCAAAUGGAAACAGAAUCUACGAUCAAGAUGGUGGUUGGUGGGAUCUUACAACCAAACAUUACUACAAUAGUCAAGGACAAUUAAUAAUUUCAAAAGUAUGGGAUCCUAGGAUUUUAGACCAACUUAACAGGCCAAAUGAAAACAGAAUCUACGAUCAAGAUGGUGGAUGGUGGGACCUUACAACCAAACAUUACUACAAUAGUCAAGGACAAUUGAUAAUUUCGAAAGUAUGGGAUCCUAGGAUUUUGGAUCAACUCAAUGGGUCAAAUGGAAACAGAAUCUACGAUCAAGAUGGUGGUUGGUGGGAUCUUACUACCAAACAUUACUACAAUAGCCAAGGACAAUUGAUAAUUUCAAAAGUUUGGGAUCCUAGGAUUUUGGAUCAACUCAAUGGGUCAAAUGGAAACAGAAUCUACGAUCAAGAUGGUGGUUGGUGGGAUCUUACUACCAAACAUUACUACAAUAGCCAAGGACAAUUGAUAAUUUCGAAAGUAUGGGAUCCUAGGAUUUUGGAUCAACUCAAUGGGUCAAAUGGAAACAGAAUCUACGAUCAAGAUGGUGGUUGGUGGGAUCUUACAACCAAACAUUACUACAAUAGUCAAGGACAAUUAAUAAUUUCAAAAGUAUGGGAUCCUAGGAUUUUAGACCAACUUAACAGGCCAAAUGAAAACAGAAUCUACGAUCAAGAUGGUGGAUGGUGGGACCUUACAACCAAACAUUACUACAAUAGUCAAGGACAAUUGAUAAUUUCGAAAGUAUGGGAUCCUAGGAUUUUGGAUCAACUCAAUGGGUCAAAUGGAAACAGAAUCUACGAUCAAGAUGGUGGUUGGUGGGAUCUUACUACCAAACAUUACUACAAUAGCCAAGGACAAUUGAUAAUUUCAAAAGUUUGGGAUCCUAGGAUUUUGGAUCAACUCAAUGGGUCAAAUGGAAACAGAAUCUACGAUCAAGAUGGUGGUUGGUGGGAUCUUACUACCAAACAUUACUACAAUAGCCAAGGACAAUUGAUAAUUUCAAAAGUAUGGGAUCCUAGGAUUUUGGAUCAACUCAAUGGGUCAAAUGGAAACAGAAUCUACGAUCAAGAUGGUGGUUGGUGGGAUCUUACAACCAAACAUUACUACAAUAGUCAAGGACAAUUAAUAAUUUCAAAAGUAUGGGAUCCUAGGAUUUUAGACCAACUUAACAGGCCAAAUGAAAACAGAAUCUACGAUCAAGAUGGUGGAUGGUGGGACCUUACAACCAAACAUUACUACAAUAGUCAAGGACAAUUGAUAAUUUCGAAAGUAUGGGAUCCUAGGAUUUUGGAUCAACUCAAUGGGUCAAAUGGAAACAGAAUCUACGAUCAAGAUGGUGGUUGGUGGGAUCUUACAACCAAACAUUACUACAAUAGUCAAGGACAAUUGAUAAUUUCAAAAGUAUGGGAUCCUAGGAUUUUGGAUCAGCUCAAUGGGUCAAAUGGAAACAGAAUUUACGAUCAAGAUGGUGGUUGGUGGGACCUCACUACUAAACAUUACUACAAUAGCCAAGGACAAUUGAUAAUUUCAAAAGUUUGGGAUCCUAGGAUUUUAGACCAACUUAACAGGCCAAAUGAAAACAGAAUCUACGAUCAAGAUGGUGGAUGGUGGGACCUUAAUACCAAACAAUAUUACAACAACAGAGGACAACUGGUAAUCACAAAGGUAUGGGACCCAAGUAUUUUGGAGCAAUUGAACAAACCAACUAUUACUAGAAUCUAUGAUCAAGAUGGUGGUUGGUGGGAUCUUACUACCAAACGAUAUUACAAUAAACUAGGACAAUUGAUAAUUUCAAAAGUAUGGGAUCCAAGAAUUUUAGAGCAAAUCUACAGACCAACAGUAAAUAAAAUUUACGAUCAGGACGGUGGUUGGUGGGAUCUUACUACCAAACAUUAUUACAAUAGCCAAGGACAAAUAAUAAUUUCAAAAAUAUGGGAUCCAAGUAUUCUGGAGCAACUGAACAAUCCAACAGUAAACAGAAUUUAUGAUCAAGAUGGUGGUUGGUGGGAUCUUACUACAAGGCAAUACUACAAUCAUCUAGGACAAUUGGUAAUUUCGAAAGUUUGGGAUCCAACAAUUUUGGAUCAACUCCACAAACCAACUGUACAUAGAAUCUACGAUCAAGAUGGCGGCUGGUGGGACCUAAGCACUAGACAAUAUUACAAUAGAUAUGGAAUACUAAUUGUGUCGAAAGUAUGGGAUCCCUCAAUUUUAGGUAUCAUUUCCAACAAACCAAUUCAAACCGUAACAAACAAACCCAUAGACGAACAAGAUAAACCGGUAGAAGAAAUUCCAGAAAAAAUUGUAGACGUACCUUCUGAACACGUAUCUCCAGAACAUAGUGACGAAGUUCCAGACCAACAAGAAAUCGAUCAAACAAUAGACGAAAAUGUACAUAUUCCAGAAGAGGAUGACGAAGCUCAUCAUCAAAUAGUCGUAGAAGACGUUACCGAAAAGAUCGAAGAUGUAUCUUCUGAAGAAAUUUACCAACCCGAAACAACAACUCCGCUAUUUGAAGAAUGGGAAACCCAAAUAUACGUUAACCACAAGCCCAUACCAACUCGACGACCAAUCGAAAUCAUCGAAGAAAAAUCCUACGACGACGAAGACCUCUCAAACGACAAAGACACCGGAGUUAAAGAUACAGCAAGCAAACCGGCUGUAAUGAGAAUAUACGACAAAACAGGUGGCUGGUGGAACCUAAACACCAAACAAUACUUCAACAAGCAAGGCCAAUUGGUACCUUCCAAAGUUUGGGAUCCCAAGCUAUUGAAAGUAGUCAAAAAACCGACCAUAACCAAAAUCUACGACGAAGAGGGCGGUUGGUGGGACCUCAAAACCAAGCGAUACUACAACAAUUUAGGACAACUGGUUACAACGAAAGUAUGGGAUCCCAAAAUUCUGCUAAUACUUCGCAAACCAUCUACAAGAAAACUGUACGGCCCAGAUGGCGGCUGGUGGGACCUCAACACCAGGCUCUACUACGACAAACUUGGACAUUGGGUAGAUACGAAAAAAUGGGAUUCUUCAGUUCUGGGACAAGAUAACGCAUCGACCUCGAUCACGACAAUUUACGACCAAGAUGGCGGUUGGUGGGACGUCCGAACGAAAAAAUACUACAACAAACAAGGUCAAUACAUCGCUACGAAAAUCUGGGACCCCGAAAUAUUAGAAAUAGUUUCCAAACAGUCCACUAAACCAAUCAUAACCACCAAAAUCUACGAUCAAGAAGGCGGUUGGUGGGAUUUGAACACCAAGCGAUACUACAACAAACAAGGCCAACUGGUGGUUAGUAAAGUGUGGGAUCCCAGGAUCCUCGAAACUAUCACCAAGCCUAUAGUAACGAGAAAAAUUUACGAUCUUGAUGGCGGUUGGUGGGACGUCGACGCCCGAAAAUACUACAACAAACAAGGAGUAUACGUCCCAACGAAAGUAUGGGAUCCAAGUAUUCUAGAAAAAAUCGGCAAGCCUACGGUAACGACCAAAAUUUACGAUCAAGACGGCGGCUGGUGGGACGUCGAAUCCAAAAAAUACUACAACAAACAAGGCCAAUACAUCGCUACGAAAAUCUGGGACCCGGAAAUAUUAGAAAAAAUCACCAAACCGAUCGUGACAACUCGACUCUACGAUCCACAAGGCGGUUGGUGGGACCUCAAAACCAAACGGUACUACAACAAGCAAGGACAAUUGGUAACGACAAAAGUAUGGGAUCCGAGAAUCCUCGAAAGAGUGAGCAAACUGUCCGAAGUUCCGAAAGAAUGGGACGAUCCCAGUCACGAAUUGAGAGUGGUUAAACCGAUUGUGGGUGCUCUCGAAGGGAGCAACGAUAAGGAAAAAGAGAUGCAAAAGCACAUACAAAAUUGGAUGGAUGCGGAGAAGGAACUUUGGGAUUCUCAGCCAGCCGGUCAAAAAUGGGUUAAUGAAGAAAAAAAUCUUGUUCAACCUAAUCUAGCUGGUCAAAGGUGGGUUGAAGAAGAGAAGAAUCUUUUGAAUACCAACCACCAAGUUGGCCAAAAUCAGCAAUAA